UGUGUCUCAGCUGUGGGUGUGUAACUUAACACAGUCUCCGUUCCUCAGAAUCAACUACUCGCAUUAAAACUGGCCAUGACUGCAGCUAGCUAGUCUCUGUCAUCAUAACUAAACAUAUCGCCUCCUUUGAACCAAGGACUGCUGGAAUUAUUCGGUUGGCUGUCGUUUAUCGUCUGGUUUGACCCGCUUAACCACUAAGGUCCUGAACAGGAUUUGCGGUCUGUCAAUGAGGAACUACAGGCUCAUCUUCUGCCAUAACCUGAAGCAGCCAUAGAUGAACAAUCCGUUUGCUACUAGUGAGUGGAGCAGGAGAUAAAGUGAACUUCUGGGCAUUUCUACAACAAGACGGACUGAAGCAGCCAGGCUGUGGAGGCGAUGAGGAAGAGUCUCAAUACUUCCCUCAGCGACUCCCUCAGCGCGGCCAGAGUGUUCGGGAUCCCCCUGGAGGAGGUGCAGCACAGUGGGCAGCCAGGACAUGAGGUCCCCCUGCUGGUCAGGAGCAUCGUGGAGUACAUUGAAGAGCACGGAGGGCUGCACCUGGGUCUAUUUCUAGUGAAUGGGAACGCAGAACGCGUGGAAUGGCUCAGGCAGCGCUACGACAGCGGCGUUGAAGUGAACCUGGAGAAGGAGGCUGACCUGUCAUCCGCCGUCAGCCUGUUACGUCUCUUCUUGCAGGAGCUCCCCGAGCCCGUCAUCCCUGCAGGCUUACAGGCGCAAAUAAUGCAGCUCUAUCAAGACUACAGCAGUGAGGAAGAGCUGGGCAGAAACAUGAAGUAUUUCCUUCAACAGCUGCCGCAGGUCAAUUACAGCUUGCUCCGCUUCCUGUGCCGGUUUCUGUCUGGUGUGGCGUCUCUUCAGGAGGAGAGCUGGAGCAUAGGAGCUCUCGCUGCUGUCUUCGGACCAGACAUUUUCCAUUUAGACACAGAUGUGGAGGAUCUGAGAGAGCAGGAGUCGGUCAGCCGUAUUCUGGCAGAACUGCUGGAGAACCAGGAGGAGUUCUUUGACUCGGAGGACGACGACAUCUCCAACACCAAUGACUACAGCUCCAUUAAUGACCAGAUCACUGAGCUCCUGGAGGAAGAGAAGUUGGAGGCUUGCGAGGAGCUCCCGCGGGACGGGGAGGACGGUCCCUCCUCCCUGUCCCCUAAACAUGCCCAUGUCACCCCCUCCUCCAGUUCGCACAUUUCUUCCAUCAGCAUUAUUCCAGGAUCUGCCGCUAUAAUCCAGAGGAGCAUCCGUGCUGCAGUGGAACAGCGCUUGUUGGACUUGCAGACGUCUUUUGACAAGGAGCUCGGCAGCUAUGAGAGUCAAGUGUUGGACUCCCAACCCCUUCAGGGAAACUGCCCUAUUCAGAAGUCAGCGGGAUCUGAGGAGCAUGAAGAUGUGCAGUCUGAAUCUGAGGCUCUCCCAGAGACUACAGAGGAGGGCCUGCCAUCAGACAAUAGCGAGGAAUCUCAAGGCUCUCAGCUCAGCAGCCCUGUCACGGAAGAAAGUUCUGGGAUGGACCUUGACACGGAGACUCUCAUAGACGCUGAGAAUCUCAGCACAGAAAGACUGGAGAGCUACCCAGACUAUGAGCAGAUGGACCAGGCUGAUGAGUGUAUUUGUGAGCCCGGAGACUGUGACCUGAAUGCUAAUACUGAGUCCACAGAGCCAACCAGCGGCCCUCAGUCUUUGACCAGGAGCAUUUUCUCAGACAGUGAACAAGAAGAGUCAUGCCCCAUCAAUUUCCCAUCCAUUGACUUCACAUGUAUGCACCUGCAGAGAGAAGGGAGUGACCCUGUGCCAGUGUUCAUGUCAUGGCAAGAGGAGACCGAGUCAGGGGAGGCCCAACUGUCUCCGCUGGCGGGCUGCAUGAUGCCCCCACCUCUAGAAGAAGAUACUCAGCCGCAACUGGCCCGGCGGUUUCUGGAGUUUGGCCACAGUCAGCGGUUCUUGCAGCAGGACCACGAUGCUACAUCCUCCACCAAAGCUUUGCCCUGUGGGAGGCCUCGCCGUGCUUCCCUCCCUUCCAAAGACAGUCUGAAGGGAGACACCGUUUCCCAGCAGUUCACCAAGAAACUCCAGAACCUCAAGAAGAAAAUCAAGCAGUUUGAGGAACAGUUUGAAAAAGAGAGAAACUACAAGCCGUCUCACGCUGAUAAGGCAGCUGAUCCAAAGGUGCUGAAGUGGAUGACUGACCUUACCAAAAUCCGCAAGCAGCUCAAAGGACGACAGCACCUCUUACCCAAAGGUUCCCUGAGGCACCCGGCCGUGCUUCAGUCAUACAGACGCCACUCGUCCUCUUCCUCCGUCCCGAACACACCCCAUUUUACACUGUCACGCCCCCUCAAUGCCUCUAGACAGGCGCCCCACUUCUAUGCCAAACACAAGGCUGAGAGUGAGCUGACUCCACAGACGCGGCCACGCAGUAACACUCUGCCCAAGAGCUUUGGAUCCACACUGGAUCAGUCGGCUCACGAGGACCCUGUGGAGAGUGAGGCAUGGGGUCACCGGCCCACAAGAGAAGAGACGCUGGAGCUCGUUCAGCACUGCAUCCAAACCAAGAGAGCCGAGGACGGCUGGCCAGAGGACGUCAGAAAAAUGACCAAGGAGCAGCUUGCCAGUGAGAAAACAGUACUGCAGAAGAACCUUCUGUACUAUGAGGGAAUUCAUGGGCGGCCAGUGACCCGAGAGGAGCGCUUGAUUGUGAAACCCUUGUAUGACAGAUAUCGGCUGGUCAAGCAGAUGCUCACCCGUGUCAGCAUCACCCCUAUCAUAGCUUCUCCCUCCAGCAAACGGCGCAAUCAGAUGCUACAGCCCAUCAUCGAGGGCGAAACUGCCCACUUCUGUGGUGAGAUCGAAGAAGAGGAGGAGGAGGAGGAGGAGGAGGAGGGCAGGGGCCAGCAGGAAAAUGUAGAGAUGCAGCGCGAGGGUUUGGAAAUCAUCAUGGACCCAGUAGCCCAGCCCAGCUCCCAGCAGCCCACUCAGGAGAACGUCCUCAGCUCUGGGAAGCUCAAUCUUGAUCUGCGUCUGUCCAGUUCCAACGCCUCCUCAAUGCCCGAGCUCCUGGAACAGCUAUGGAAGGCCAGAGCGGAGAAGAAGAAACUGAGGAGGACCAUCAGAGAGUUUGAAGAUGAGUUCUACCAACAGAAUGGCAGGAAUGUUCAGAAGGAAGACCGCAUGCCUAUGAUGGACGAAUACAAGGAGUACAAGCGCAUUAAAGCCAAACUGCGGCUUCUGGAGGUCCUCAUCAGCAAGCAGGAUUCAUCCAAGUCCAUCUAAAGCGCCCCGUUCCAGGAGCCUGCACCAUCUCAACACCCUGACGGUACUCCAUCAACGGCAACCACUGGAGAAGAAGAAGAAACACGUGUCCUCUGUCAUCUAAAAAAAGUGACCUACCGGAAGAACGAAGUUCCCUUGAGAGUUUGAUAUUCAGAUUUUUGUCUUUCUUUUCCACAAGCUUUCUCAUACUGAGAAUCGUGCUGCGUUGAGUAAUC